UAAGUGAGACAAUGUGCUGAUUUGUAAUUGUAUUGAAUACAACUCUUUAUUUGACUGUAAUUUAUAAUCCUGCCAGUCUUCUCAACUUCUCAGCCUUCUUGGUGUUAAUUCUGUUUCUGAAGCUAUCAAAUGAAAUAGGAAGUACCACUUACUUUUUUUUGUCCUUUUAAUUUAUAAACCUUGUCCAAAGUCAUCAGCACAUUUAAUUAUUCUUUUCAGCCAGUUAAUCAGUCAUACAAUUGUGAUGGUGUUGGUUUUAUUUUAGCGCAAGACCUAAACAAGGAGUAAACCUAGCUCAGGUAAUUGGGGUAGUGCACUGGCAUCUGGUUCCCAGAUUUUACAUAUAGAUUUUAUUUUUGGAUUUUUUUUUUUUUUUGGUCUGCAAGUGCAAUGGACAGAUAGUUAAGACACUUGCAUUGUGUGAAUCGGUUUUAUUGGGCAUCACAUGUCGUAGGUUAGUGUAGUUUUCUUUCUGUGUCAUUGAGGUUAAUGAAUGUGGGGGUUUGUUUGGAGACCCGCCUGUUUGGCCUCACGGGCAUUUUUGUCUGUGUUGCUCCCCCACUAAUCAAAUACGCAGCAAUGCUUGGGACCUUUGUGGCAAAUCGAAGGCAAUAAACUAUGAGCAUGAAUGAACUGAUAAUAUCUGAGGUGUGACGUGAGUGAUCAUGGUCAUUUUUUCCCCUCAAUAGCAUGGAACAGUAACUACGAGCAUGGCAAGAUGUGAUGCUACAAUAAAAAGAGCAGAUUGCAUUUAAGAAUGUCGUGUAUCGCAAACCAACCCGAACAAUCAAAAGUUUUAAUGCUACAAUUUAAUAUGUUGUAUUUGUUUGAAUUUUUUUUUGUUUGACAUGACAUCAAAUGCCCCAAACCGAAUUCUGUGACGUCCUGUUUUCAGAGGGCACGCGUCACUUUUGUUUCCGUCUGGUAUUGUGUUGCCUAGUGAUCAACCUAGCCGUCGCUAUGGAAACUUGCAGCAACAACCAGCACGCGCUAACUCGCUGGCCAUGAUGGAACGAAGUACAAUGACCAAACAUCCGGAGAAGCCCAUCGUACACUACGGUGUUCCAGAGUGGUGCAACAACAACGAGCAGCUGUCUGCCACCGCAGAGCUCGAGCGAUAUCUUUCCAAUGUAAUCCGCCAAGAGAGCAGGACACUCCGCAAUGACACCAACUGUAAGGUGGGUCCUCGUUGCCGUCAAAUAAACACGCUGUGCACCGAGUGUGUUGGUUUUCACUUCUUGUCCUAUACUGUUACCCCACAGACAAACUGGGAUGAAAGCGAUACCUCCCGUAUGUUGAGGGAUCGGGUGUGGGAGGUUUCAAGAUGUAAGGAUCUGCUCGUAUCCUGCGCAAAGAAAGUUGAUGAUGAGAUUGAAGCACUGACAUUGUCGAAAACCCGGACCGAGGAGACCUUGGCUGCCACGGCAGUUCCCCACGAGGUCAGCAUGGAGAGCCUGACCCUGAGGGAGGGACGGCAAGGAUUUGAGCUGAUCAACGACCCCGUGGAAAAGGAGUUAAAAAAAGAGGUGCAUGUCAUCGAAAGAGCGCAGCAAACCCUGCAGCAACUCAUCGACCAGGCGUUUGAACAGCUCUGUAUCUUGCAGAAAAUUCGACAGCAGCUGACCGCUGACCUCCAGAACAAGGUGGAAACUCUGGAUAUUGAUAAUACAUGUCUGGAGCUUACAAUAACGUCAUCCCAGAUUUCCCUGAAACCGGAUCCUACUCGAAUACCUGCAGGUUCGUGUACGCCGCACGAGUGGAUCCAGUUCACCCAGUUGAAUUUGGCUCGGGCCCGUGAAGCAAUGGAGAUGUCCGAGCAGAUGAGGGAGGACAUGAGUCUCACCCGAGUCAGCGUACGUGUGAUGAAACCACAGCCGUCUGCUCACCGCGUGCAACAUUAG